AUGUCUAAUGUUGAAGCAUCCUACUCUGCCGAUGGAAUUUCGUUUUUCUCCAACUACGACAGUAGAAAAGGGAGAGAACUGGAGGAGAAUCCUCAUGCUUCAAUGCUCUUUUACUGGCCCAGUCAGUAUAAACAGAUCCGUGUGGAAGGCAUAGUAUCGAAGUUACCCGUCGAACAAGCUGAAACUUACUGGAGCUCUAUGCCAUUAUCCCUUCGAAUCGGCUACAGAGUCAGCGAACAUUGCAGUGCUGCAGUUCCUAAUAAGCAGGUAUACUAUCGAUUCCUUCAUGAUAGGUACAUUGGCACAAAUAAGAUCGAGUUGAAAUGCGACGCUAAAUGCUCGACAUAG